UAAUUUAUGAGAUAAUUAACAAAUUUAGAUGUAAUUUGCGAAGCGAUGAAGACAGCGAGCUCCCUCCGAUAUCCGAGGUGCGAGAUAUCGGAGUGGCCGCUGUCACGAAGCGCAUUCGGGGAUCGUUGCGAGGUCUGGUAUCUUCGUGCGCGUGGCGCACGUUUCUACAUGUGUGCGUGGCACGCGUACACUCGUCUUAUACGCCUGUAUGUUGAUGAUAGUAUUGCAGAACGAACGGACAACAUGGGCCUCAUCGGGGGCCUGGCAAAGGAAGCGAAGGAGAAGGAGGAGAAGAGCGCAUAGAGAAGAAGCAAACAGCACCGGGCAGGCGGCAAGACGGCAGUGCCGGCCCCGCUCUGGGCCCGACGGGGGGACCCGGGGUCACAUUCCAAGAUGGCUGUGCCUGAGGAAUGCAGUGGGUGCCCCCCUAAGACGCCUGCCUCCCUCCUUUUUAUUAAUCGGUCCCAUUUGCCCGUUCUAGCGAAAAGAAACCCCCUUAUUAUUACUCGCGUAUGGUGAAACAAUGUAACGCGCGUAUAUUUAGAGUUAGUUUGCGAGCGGACGUCGAGGAAAGGUGCCAAAGUAAGUCCCAUCAUAAGAGAAAGAGAGAGAGACUGAGAGAGAUAGAAGUAUCGCACGUUCAGAAUCUGGGCCCUGAUCUUUAACCAGCACGCCGCAGAUGAUGCCCAUGCCAGAGGAUGCUACUAGCUCGUCUUAAGCAAUGUCUCAUAGGGAUAUCUCUGAGGUGGAACCCGAAGGUACGUCGGCCUUGGCCGCUGGAUCCAGGGCACUAUUCUUAGAAACAGUACGCAGAAGUAACGCGGCAUGCCAGAAUGGAGACUACGCUUUGGCCGCGACAUUGUAUACGGAAGCUCUCGCCUUGGACCCUCUCAGUCAUGUAUUAUACUCAAACAGAUCAGCCGCGAGGCUCAAAAUGGGAUUAUUCGCGCUCGCGUUACAGGACGCUGUCAGAGCUACUGAGUUGAAUCCGCAAUGGCCAAAGGCGUAUUAUCGACAAGGAGUAGCGCUGCAAUGUCUAGGACGUCAUGGAGAGGCACUCGUCGCUUUCAGCACGGGACUAGCUCACGACGCAUCCAAUCAUCAAUUAUUAUCAGGCUUGGUAGAGGCGUCUUUGAAGUCUCCACUGCGACCGACUUUAGAGCCGACGUUUCAACAGUUGCGUGCGAUGAAACUCGACGAAUCUCCGUUCGUCGUUAUAUCUGUAGUCGGUCAGGAGCUGCUUGGAGCUGGACAGUACAGAGCGGCCGCCGGCGUGCUGGAGGCUGCGCUCACCAUCGGUUCGUGCAGUUUGAAGUUGAGGGGUUCCGUAUUUUCCGCUUUGUCCAGCGCAUAUUGGGCGCUAAAUUCUCUGGACAAGGCGAUCAAUUACAUGCAGCAAGAUCUAGGAGUGGCGCGUUCCUUGGGAGACACGCAGGGCGAAUGCAGGGCCCAUGGGAAUCUAGGUUCCGCUUAUUUCAGCAAAGGCAGUUUCAAAGAGGCUUUAACAGCCCACAGAUAUCAACUUGUCCUAGCUAUGAAAUGCAAAGAUACGCAGGCGGCAGCUUCGGCCUUGACCAGUCUGGGACAUGUCUACACGGCGAUUGGCGAUUUACCAAAUGCCCUGGCUUCCCACAAGCAGUGCGUCCAAUUGGUGAAGCAGAUGGGCGAUCGACUGCAAGAGGCUCGCGAGAUCGGUAACGUCGGAGCGGUCUAUUUGGCGAUGGGAGAGUUCGAAAGCGCCGUCGAUUGUCACACGCAACAUCUAAGGAUAGCUAGACGGCUGGGUGAUCGCGUGGAAGAGGCGAGGGCCUUUAGUAACUUGGGAUCGUCCCAUCAUUAUCGUAGAAAUUUCGGGCAGGCGAUGGCUUAUCACGAGAAUGUUUUGAGAAUAGCGCAAGAACUCGGAGAUAGAGCGAUAGAAACCAGAGCAUAUGCGGGAUUAGGUCAUGCCGCCAGAUGCGCAGGCGAUCUGACGCAAGCCAAGCUCUGGCAUCAGAGGCAGCUCGAUGUCGCACUGGUUACAAAAGACAAGGUGGCUGAAGGACGAGCCUGUAGUAAUCUAGGUAUAGUGUAUCAACUACUCGGCGAGCAUGACGCCGCCUUAAAAUUACAUCAGGCACAUCUGGGAAUCGCGAGAUCGUUAGGAGACAAGGCCGGUAUGGGUAGAGCUUAUGGAAAUAUUGGCAAUGCUUAUAAUGCUUUAGGUUAUUACGAACAAGCCAUCAAGUAUCACAAACAAGAAUUAACGAUAAGCAAGGAGGUGAACGAUCGUAGCUCAGAAGCUAGCACACAUGGAAACUUGGCAGUCGCGUAUCAGGCUGUGCAAGGUCAUGAAGCAGCAUUGAGACACUACAGAGCUCAUUUAGCUAUAGCUCGUGAAUUAAAAGAUACGGCUGGUGAAGCGUGUGCCCUCCUGAAUCUUGCCAAUUGUCUCUCUUCACGCGGCAGAUUCGAAGAAGCAGUGCCGUAUUACGAGCACUAUUUGAUGUUAUCACAGGAAUUGCAUGAUGUUGAGGGAGAGGCCAAAGCCUGUCACUUUUUAGGAUAUGCACAUUAUUGCUUAGGAAAUCAUCGAGAAGCAGUCAGAUAUUACGAUCAAGAUUUAGCACUAGCGAAAGAUUUGCAAGAUAAAUCUGGAAUGGGAAGAGCUUAUUGCAAUCUGGGAUUAGCUCACUUAGCGCUGGAAAAUCUGGACACCGCUCUGGAAUGUCAAAAAUAUUAUUUGGCAAUCGCGCAUAUGACCAAGCAUUUGGCUGGCAAAUUUCGUGCUCUGGGAAAUAUUGGUGACUGUUUGUUGCGUAUGGGAGAGAUUGAUGAAGCUAUCAAGAUGCAUCAACGUCAAUUGAAUUUGGCACGUCAAGCCGCCGAUCGUUGCCUAGAAGCGGCUGCUUAUGGCGCAUUAGGAAUCGCUCAUCGAGCUACGAAGAAUUUGGAUAAGGCUCUCGGUUUUCACACACAAGAAUUAACUUUGAGACAAGAGGCUGGUGAUCUGCGCGGCGAAUGUAGAGCACAUGGAAAUCUGGGUGCUGUGCAUAUGGCAUUGGGACAAUACACUCACGCCGUUAAGUGUUAUCAAGAACAAUUAGAGAGAGCGAAGGAAUUAGCGGAUUCUGGAGUUGAAGCUCAAGCGUUAGGAAAUUUGGGCAUAGCUAGACUUAAUAUGACUCAUUAUGAGGAUGCCAUCGGUUAUUUCGAACAACAAUUAGCUACUUUAGAGCCGCUAACUACUGGUACAGCCUUACUUGACAAAGCUCGAGCGCUUGGAAAUUUGGGAGACUGUUAUGAAGCCUUAGGUGAUCUGGAAGAAGCUAUUAAAUGCCAUGAACAACAGCUAACAGCCGCUACGAAAUUAAAGAGCAUAAGAGAUCAGGAGAGAGCGUACAGAGGAUUGGGGAGAGCUCGCGAGGCCACUGGAAAUUUACAGGAAGCCUUGGUAUGUUUCGAGAAACGAUUAGUGGCUGCUCAUGAAGUGGAUAGUCCUGAGGCAAGAGGCGCUGCUUACGGUGAUCUAGGUAGAGUACAUGCCGCGUUAGGUAAUCAUGAGCAGGCUGUCAGUUGUUUGUCGCAUCAAUUGGCUCUUGCUCGCGGUCUCGGUGACAAAGCGGCUGAAGCUGAAGCUGCCAGCGGUUUGGGAGCAGUACAUCUUCUAAUGGAUGAUCCAAACUCCGCAUUACGCCAUCAUCAAUUAGAGUUAUCGAUCGCCGAAGGUCUAGAUGCGGCCGGAUUACAAGCUCGCGCUUGUGCCAAUCUUGGAGUGACUCAGGAAACAUUAGGACAAUAUGAAGAAGCAAUAAGGUUGCAGGAACAAUCGCUGAGCCUUGCGGCCGCAGCGGGUGAUCAACCUGCUCGAGCGGCGGCUUUCGCAAGUCUGGGUCGACUUCAUCAUCUAUGCGGAGACUUGCCACGCGCUUUGAGUUAUCUGCAAUCUGGCCUGUCUCUAUCUGAGGGCUUGGGCAGAAGGGAAGAAGCUGCUAGACUAAGACACAGACUUGGUCUCGUACACUGGGAGGCCGGGGAAGCGAGUAUCUCUGUGGAACAUUUAGAAAAAGCUGCAAAUCUUUUAGAAUCAUUAGAUGGAACUUCCGUAUCCCUUACUUGUGGUCAACCCAAUCGAGCCGAGUUGUUAUCAGAGACGUACAGGAUGUUGCAAAAAGUACUGAUUAAUCUAAAUCGGGCAGAGGAGGCUCUGAAUUGGGCGGAAAGAUCCAGACGGUCUAAGAGCAAUUCUCUGGAUGACGCAGCUCACUAUUCCGAAAUUAUUGAUCGACAACGCGGAAUUAUUCUAUAUUACAGCGAGGUGGGAUGUGAACUACAUGCGUGGUGCUUAGCACCAGGCCGCGGAUUGUUACGAUUCCACUCCGCGACAUUAGAUGAUGGAGUAGAUCUUGAAAAAAGAGUCCUUCAAGCACGCGAAGCACUUUUAGAUGAGAGCAACGAGCUCAUAAAUGAAGAAUCUACCAAAAUUCCGUCAAGAGGUCAUCACUUGAAUGCUAGUUCCUACAGUUUGAGUAGUCUCUUCAGCGUUGGUUCCGUGAGUUCUCGUGCCGGAAGCGCUCGUUGGGGACGAGGCGCAAAAGGACCUACGUGGCAGGCGCCUUUACCGAUACAAGUGCUUUACGAUCUUCUUCUUGCUCCGUUCGAAGAUCUGCUACCGCCACCACGAAAGGAGCUAAUUAUGGUCGUGGAAAAAUCGCUCUAUUUGACGCCGUUCCCAGCUUUGCAAUCUAAUCCAGGCGAGGAUUAUCUUUGUGAGAGAUUUUCAUUGUUGGUGGUACCCUCUCUUGCGGCGCUUAGAAAAAGAUCAAAAACACCUGUAUUAGAAGGCGGCGCUACCGUAGCUGCAUUAGUUGCUGGAAACCCUGUUUUGCCGGAGGACAUUCGAGAGGAGUAUGGUUGGCCCGAGAGCAUCGCUUCCACCGAGACCGAGUCAGAAAUAGUCGCCGAAUUAUUGGAAGCUCGUGCCAUGACCGGACUGGAAGCUACUAGAUCGGCAGUUCUGCGAUCUCUACCGGAUGCAGAAUGUGUUCAUUUGACAGUACCAGUCUUCUGGAAUACCGGCAGUUUAGCAUUUUCGUCUGAUCAAUGCGAAGAGCCGUCCGAGAGACCAGAGUAUUUGAUAAACCAGACGGAUUUACUCAGAUUGAAGAUAUCUGCCCGAUUGGUGGUUGUGUCCAGCGGUCACAGUUGGAGCAAUGUGGAGUGCACGAACACCACGUCGGAUGGCAUACAAAAUCUUGCUAAGACCUUGCUGAACGCGGGCGCGCAAUGUAUACUUAUAGGAAUGUGGGCAGUACCACCGACUGCCGGUAGCAUUUUAUUGCGAGCAUUCUACAGCGCGAUGUUGCAGGGUGCGAGAGCAUCUCGUGCCUUGGCCGAAGCGAUGCAGACUGUCCAGCAUACCAGACACUUCGCUCAUCCUGCCAACUGGGCCGGUUGGCUGCUUAUUGGCGGAGAUGCUAGAUUAUCCAACAAGGUCGCACUCAUGGGUCAAGCACUGGCGGAAUUACUGCGUGGCGGUCCCGAGCAGAGCAGAGACGCAUUACGAGUAACACUUCAUUUAGUAGAGAAAUCACUGCAGAGAAUUCAUCGCGGACAGAAGAAUGCUAUGUACACAACUCAACGCAGUAUCGAGAAUAAAGUAGGCGCGGCUACCGGUUGGCGAGAGCUCCUAAUGUCCGUGGGAUUCAGAUUUGAGCCGGCCGGUAAUGGUAUACCGUCCUCCGUGUUCUUUCCGCAAAGUGAUCCCGAAGAGAGACUGACGAGAUGCAGCGCGAGUUUGCAAGCUUUAUUGGGAUUAGGUCAAUCGUCCUUGCACGCUUUGGCUAGGCUUCUACAAGCGCCAGAAGUCGCAGAGGACGUCAUCGCUGCCAUGAGAAGAGCCAGUUGCGCUACAGAAGGGCAAGAAGUUAUAUUGCCUGUGCAUGUUUGGAGAGCAUCGGGAUCGCACGAACUAUUCGCUAGCUUAGGUUUCGAUUUGAUGGAAGUCGGACAGUCAGAAGUGAUACUGAGAACAGGCAAACAAGCUUCACGUAGAGCUGUCCAGUUUGCUCUUCAAGCUCUUCUCGCAUUAUUUGAUACACAGGAAGCACCAAAAAGUCUUAGCUUAGAUUCGGGUAGUUCAAUGGAGAGUUUAGCUUCUGUGGCUCAUACCGAGAAAAACCUCGUAGAACGGCCGCGAUUAGGGGGAGCGUUUGCAAGUUAUGUACGACAUCGUGGCGAACCAGAUGGAAAAACUAUGGAACCACCGAACGUUUUAAUGCCAGCAUCGCGACAACCAUGCCAAAAUGGAGGAGGUGAAUCAGAUGUGGCAUUUACACCUAGUCCUCCCGUGGCACUUAACUUGAACCAUCAGACUCGUAUUCGGAAUCUUUAUCCUGAUCAAAAUCCAGUAAGACCCGGCUCGAGUUCGAGCAGUUCAGUGACGGAUUGGGACAAUGGCCAUGCUACUGUAUUGAGACGACAACCAUUGCCGCCAUUACCGGCAAACGUCCUGGAAAGGUUGAGCGUGAGAACGGAGAUCAGCACGAAUUCGCCGAGAAAACCGCGGCAUUCCGCGACAACGAGCGAAGACAUCUGCAGCGCGCAGACUGACACGACGCAAUCCACGGAAACGCAUCCACAGAACUUGAGGAAUCUAGCCACUUCCCUGACGAGUUUGACGCGCGAACUCACGCCCACGAUAUCGGAGGUGUAUCACGAACGCAAUUUAGGAUUAGGUCUGGCGCCGUCUUUAUCAAAAUUAUUGGAGGAGGUGAGUGCCGUGCCCGAAAAUGAAGAGCCACAAUCGGCAAAAACGGUAGGACAAACGCAGAAUUGGAUACAAAAUGAACCGGACCUCUGCCGGAGGGAUGAGGCUGAUGGUAGAUCUAUCGCGGAGUCGCAGUGCAGCGCCGCCAGUUCGAAUAAAAUACCUCGGAAAGCUCCCGCGCCACCGGUAUAGAUUAUUUAUAUUUAUAAGUUAAAAUGUUUUUUGCGAAAUAUAGUACACUGAGUACCAAAGAAGGGAGACAAAUCGGGAAAUAGAUGGUUCGUCGCCUUGCGACAACAGUAGGUUUGGAAAACGAGGGGUAUAGCGCAAGCGUGUAUUAAUUUGCCAAUAUUUCUUGGUAUUCAAACUAAAACACUCGUGAAAGAAAUAUACUAGGAACCAUACACUCACUAGAUUUGCACAUAUUUGCAUAUACAUCCGUUAUUCACGUUUUAUGUGUCAAAGCUCGUGGAUCAACGAGCUUCAUUAUGUACAAGAACAAAAUAAUUUUGCUAAUAAGCACUAAUAUGCUCAAGUAUGAUUGUAAUCCGUCCAAAUAUUUAAUUAUGAACAUUCUUAAUUAUUAAUUAGCAAAAGAGGAUUAGAGUUUGGAUGUUUAAUAAGCUAAAGAAUCAAUUUUCCUAUAUAUAUUUGUCUUCACACAAAAUUAAUGUUUGUCUAAAAUAUUAGCUGUAUCAACAUCCGAGCUUUAAGUUUGACUAUUAUGUUUCAUUUAAAUCGUGCAAUCCAAAUGUUCAUAAAGAAGGUGCGUAAACACUUAAGUCAAUUCGGAUCACUCUAUGCUACAUUUGUAUUUUGCACAAUAUACACACAUACACAAAAGUGUGUUAUAUUAAUUCUAAGAAAAAUUUGUUAGAUGAACAAAGCUUUUGUGAAAUUUGUUAGAUGAAUAAAGCUUUUAUAAAAUUUGUUAGAUAACUAAAGCUUUUGUGAAAUUUGUUAGAUGAAUAAAGCUUUUGUGUUAAAGCUUA